GGAGGGAGGGAGGGAGCGGGCCGCGAUCGAGCCGCGAUCGACGACGAGAGGAGCACUAGCGAGGCCUCCGAGACGCCGCACCGGCCGCACCCGCACCCGCUGCAACCGGAGCUCGCUCCGCAGCCGGAGCCGGAGCCCGACUCGGGCCGGCCCGAGAAGUCGCCGAGGCCCGGGGGGAGGGCGGCGGCGGCGGCCGGGAGGGCCCAGAAGUCCGGCCGCCCGGCCCUCGGCAGAAAGGAUGAGCCCCCCGUGCCUCCGAUUCAUGGAAAUAUGUAUUACUUUAAUAUUGCCUUGGAAUUAAUGAAGUGGAAAUACAGAUCAAAGCAAUUUGGAGAAAAUAGAAAACAUAGUUUUAUUCAUCAGACUCUCUUGAGGAAGCAGGAAACAGCAGUAGAAGUUGGAGUAAUUAUUAAACUAUUGCAGGCAGAAUUUCACCAAGCAUACAAGCUUAAAAUUUAUCAAGUAACAAGAUUGAUUGCUCAGGGGGACAAUUCACAGAGAAGAUUAAAAACUGAACAAUGACUCAGCUAAGCAUUUAUAUCACAUUUUUGGGAGCCUAUCUGCUCAUCAUUUUUUAUGUUCAAGGACAGAAUCCAGACAGUCGAUUCCUUCAUGGCACAGAAAUGAAAUCAGACCAAAAUCAGAAAAAGCAGGAAAAUGGAGUAACCUUAGCACCAGAGGAUACUUUGCCUUUUUUGAAAUGCCACUGUUCAGGACAUUGCCCAGAUGAUGCUAUUAAUAACACAUGCAUAACUAAUGGUCAUUGCUUUGCCAUCAUAGAAGAAGAUGAUCAAGGAGAAACUACAUUAGCUUCAGGCUGUAUGAAGUAUGAAGGUUCAGAUUUUCAGUGCAAGGAUUCACCAAAAGCUCAGUUACGGAGAACAAUUGAAUGUUGCCGAACCAAUUUGUGUAAUCAAUAUUUACAGCCUACGCUACCCCCUGUUGUCAUAGGUCCGUUUUUUGAUGGUAGUAUUCGUUGGCUGGCUGUCCUUGUUUCUAUGGCUGUGUGUAUAAUUGCUAUGAUCAUCAUCUUCAGCUGCUUUUGUUACAAGCACCACUGCAAAAGAAUAGCAAGAAGCCGUUGCUAUAAUCGUGACUUGGAACAAGAUGAAGCUUUUAUACCAGUUGGAGAGUCAUUGAAAGACCUUAUUGAUCAGUCACAAAGUUCUGGCAGCGGAUCUGGGCUUCCUUUGCUGGUUCAACGAACUAUUGCCAAGCAAAUUCAGAUGGUUCGGCAGGUGGGAAAGGGUCGCUAUGGAGAGGUGUGGAUGGGAAAAUGGAGGGGUGAAAAAGUGGCGGUCAAAGUAUUCUUCACUACUGAAGAGGCCAGUUGGUUUCGGGAAACAGAGAUCUACCAGACUGUUCUGAUGCGUCACGAGAAUAUUCUUGGUUUUAUUGCGGCUGACAUCAAGGGCACCGGCUCUUGGACACAGCUGUACCUGAUCACCGACUACCACGAGAACGGAUCUCUGUACGACUUCCUGAAAUGUACCACUCUGGACACCAGGGCCCUCCUCAAGUUGGCGUAUUCAGCGGCUUGUGGUCUGUGUCAUCUCCACACAGAGAUCUAUGGUACCCAAGGAAAGCCCGCGAUUGCCCACCGAGACCUGAAGAGCAAAAAUAUCCUAAUCAAGAAAAAUGGGAGUUGCUGUAUCGCCGACUUGGGCCUCGCUGUGAAAUUUAACAGUGAUACAAAUGAAGUUGAUGUUCCUUUGAACACCAGAGUAGGUACAAAGCGUUAUAUGGCCCCAGAAGUCCUCGAUGAAAGUCUAAAUAAAAAUCACUUUCAGCCAUACAUCAUGGCUGACAUCUAUAGCUUUGGACUGAUCAUGUGGGAGAUGGCUCGUCGCUGUGUCACAGGAGGCAUUGCAGAAGAGUACCAAUUGCCUUACUACAACAUGGUGCCUCAUGAUCCUUCUUAUGAAGAUAUGCGUGAGGUGGUAUGUGUUAAGCGACUGCGGCCCAUCGUGUCUAACCGAUGGAAUAGUGAUGAAUGUCUAAGAGCUAUCUUGAAGCUAAUGUCAGAAUGCUGGGCUCACAAUCCUGCUUCAAGACUUACUGCAUUGAGAAUCAAAAAGACACUUGCCAAGAUGGUUGAAUCCCAAGAUGUAAAGAUUUGACAAUUAUAUAACACUCAGGAGCCGCAUUGGACUCCAAGAACUUGUUUCGCCCAAGCCAAGGGUGGAAUUGAAGUGGGAUGAGGAAAUUCAUGUGGUUCUUAGACUUUUUCCUCACCACCCCUUUACAGGCUGCUAAUAAUUUCAGUACUCUGUAGAAUAUGAUGCUGGGAACUUCUGUUCACUACAUGCUACAUUUAUGGACAGCCUUGUUUAAAUGUGUUUCUUUUUGGGGGGAGAAGGGGUUAUGAGCUAUGUUGAGACUUUAGUCAUCGUUCACGAGUCUCCAGUAAACUCUGGGUACUGAAUUGCAUGUUUAUAUUAUGGUGCUUUCUGUGAAAGCCUUAAGAAGAAAAUGAAUUUAACAGAGAUGGAGAAAUAUAAGCUUUUGCCUUCUACCUGAUAAAACUUAAUCUGUUCAUAUUCUUGCUUUUGUAAAACAGCCUGUAGAUUAUGAAUCAUUUUGGGAUACUGCUCUGUUUUUAACAGUUUAUCAUCUGUGUUGUGUGUGUGCCAGGAUUCCUCUGCUGCCAUGUGGAUUGAGAGAAAAAAGAGGAAUGAAUGCCCAGGAAGGUGGGGGUGGUCGGUGCUUCAGGUCUGUCAUUAUCGUUGCAAUAAGAUUAGCCAGUCACACAAAAACCAUUUAACUCAUAGGAGAAUUUGGCUUCUUUACCAACAUUUUCUCUGAUCAGGAAAAUUGGUAUCAAUUGAAAAAUCAAAAGGGAGUUCAGAUCAUGCUUCUAAACCUGAGCUUCAUUCCUCUUUUCUUUUUUCCUUUUUUUUUUUUUUUUUUUUUUUUGACAAUUUAAAAUCUGUUUUUGUGAAAAACAUAAUAUCAUCUUAAGUUGGAACUCCCAAUGUGAUGACUCUCCUGAAGAACGAACUCACUUAUUGGGGUGAUUUUGUUAGCAAUUUAAGUGCCUAUAACCUUGUCCUGUACAGUUUGUUCUAAGUGACUUUUAAAAGGGAAAUGACAUAUCUAAUGCACAGUGUGCUUGAUUUGCAGGGUGUUAAUGCUUACCUUCACUUUGGAUAGUCAUGUUUGUCCACAUACAUUCAUGCCAUAGAAACCAGAUCACAUGCACCUCAUAACCCAGGCUUAAAAGGUAAAAAGAAAACACAAUACCCAAAGAUGGUUAGGAAGAACAUUUACACAUAGAAAUGUAGAUGGGUUUUCAAAAGGAAUGCAUUCAAAUUAGUAUCUUCUAAUCUAGGGUUUUAUUUUGUUACAAUAUACUCACAACAGCUUUCAGUAUAAUAAUUUCAUUUAAAUUCUUCCAUAUAAGAGAAAGUUCUAAUUGGAAAUUUACACUGCAGAACCUACGUGAACUUAUCAACACCUACUAAGUAGGUUCUAGACUAUCUAGACUAUUAAAUUUGGGGGAUUUAAAAAAAUUUUUUUUCCAUUGUUUAUAAAACAAAUGAAAAAGGGUCAGGCAAAAAACAAACAAACAACCCAAGUGUUUUUCUUUACUAUCGCAAUGUACAGAUUUUAUUUAACAAAGUGCUACAUAUUUUAUAGAAUCCUAGUUAUCUCAAGGGACAUUUCUGUUUUAUGAAAUCAUUUAAGUAUUAAUGCUAUAUUCUGGCAGAACAAUUCAUGGGCCCAUUAAGUUAGACUUAAAUUUAUUUUUGGAUGCAGCGUAAGACAAUAAAUGGGGUUGUGCUAUGGAAAUACUAAUGACAAAGGGCUGUAAUUUUUUAAAAUGAUAAUUUUUAAAGCAUUUUUCCGUCCAUUGCCAAAACUUGACUGGCAUUGAAAGUCGAAGCUAUUGAGUAUUUCCAAGCAGACCAGUUUUGCAGUUAACUGGAAACUGUUUGGAAAGAUUUAAUAUUUUUACAAUCUGAAAUAAAGCUUCUCUUUGUCAUGUUUUAAAGUUGAAGCAUUUUUUAAAAUUGAUUUCUAUGUCCCAUGAGCUUGUUCUUACAGAAGAACAGUUUUGCUUCUGUUUGUACAGAAGGACACAAAUACUAUCAUCUAAAGUGCCAUGUGAUUCAAGCUCUUUUAUUAACUCCAUCUUAAUAUUUUUGUCUAAUUUGACCUUACUUUUUUUGGACAAGACAAAAUUACAAACUCUCAAAGAAGCCAUUUAUUAUUAUUAUUAUAAACAGAGGAAAUAUGAAAAAAUGCAACCUUCUGGGAAAUUUUUAAAAAUCACAAAAUAUUUUAAGUCAGAGUUGUGCUCAAUAAACUAUUAAUAAGGAAUUGGUUUAAAAAUCAUAACAUUCAAAAUAUUUCAGUAAGAAUAUAAGGAACAGCAAAUACAGUCUUGAAACACGUCACCUUAUUUAGAAACCCUUCUAUUUUUCUUUUCUUUUUUUUUUUUUUUACUAAGGCAAUUGGGGUUAAGUGACUUGCCCAGGGUCACACAGCUAGAACCCUUCUAUUUCUUUCUCCCCAUUUAGAAUUGUGUUUAUCCCAUCAGUGAAAUAUACAGGGUCCCACAGUCUCAUUGCAAUUUCAAGCUAUUUAAGCUAAAUAUCCUACCUGUGACUUGGAGGUGACCCUGAUGUUCAAUGCCAGUGCAGGCCCCACUGCCUACACAGGUUUUAAGAAUUGACCUGGGGAGGGAGGGCAUAUAUGUGGAUCUGCUUAUUUUUUAAAACCAGCCUAUUUAGGUGACACAGGGCAAGUCUUUCCUGAACUUAGAACUGUGCUAGGACUUGGAUGUGAGACUGAUCAGAAGGAAGUGUGCCUGAUGCCCCAUAACUAAUGAAAGAGUUUACAUUGGCUUGGAUCUGUUUUCUUCUAAUUGAUAAAGGAAUUGGGUUAUUAGUAGAAUCGUAGGUAUGGUCGAAUUUUAAAAUGAUUUCCAGUUUAUUUGAGACAUAAUAACUUCUUAUCAAACAAAUAUCAGAGGUAUGAAAACUAAAUUCAAUUUUUCUGAUACCCUUUCUGGAAUACCCUCCAGCGUGAGUUUUAUUCCCCUACCUAUUGUGGUCUUUUAACAUCAAUAUUUAAAUGAAAUUUAAAAAUUUUGAAAUGCCUAAAAAUAAUAUUUAACCAAAUUGUGCCAGAUUUCUUAUUUACUAUAGCUAUAUUUAAAAAGAUUUUUUUCCUUUUGCUAACUUUACCUUUGGAAAUGAGAGCAACAAAAAUGUCAAACAUUGACUUUCACAAUCUCCCUAGAAUCAAAUAGAAAUUCUUGUUUAGAAGUAUUUGUUUGAACUUUUAUCCAACAUCUGUUCUCUCAGAGCUCUAAUCUAGGUUCCAGAAGAAAUGCAAAAGUUUAGCUAAGGAGAUAAUUGCCUAUUUUUUUUUUUUCUCCCUAGGAUUGGUUCCCUAUUUUAAAUCAUUGAUUUUUCCCCCAAAUAUAUUUGAAGUUUAAUUUUUUCUAAAAAAAAAAUAAAGCAUUUGGGAUAGAAAAAAAUGCCACUAUGAUUUUUAAAUGUCCAUUCCUUUUAAAAGGAAGAGCUUUUAUCAUUUAUUUUGGUCAGAUAUUGAUUGAUAGGGCAAUGUCAGCUCUCUCUCUCGCUUCAUUUAUAUAUAUGAGAAAAAACUCCUUAGAGAAGUGGACAUUGUAUUUAUAGUAGAAUUCUGUAUGUCAGGAUGGUACAGAGCCAAUAUGGGACACCUUGCCCAGGGAGGCCCAUAAGGAAAGUGUGAUUCAUAUCGCUUGAGGAAAGUAUACAAUAUCAUCUCAUGGUGACUUUAAGCUCCUUCUCCUACUCCAGAGGUGUCAAACUCAUGGCUGCCUCAUGCUUCCGGCAAAACUCCCAUAAAGCCUAACCAGAUUUAAAUGUCAUUGGGAAAUGUUGAACAAAUUAAAUAAAAAUACAAUGCAACAUAAUGUUAAUUUGUGGUAUUCUAAGUUUACAUUUGGCUUGUAGGGAUCUGUUUCUAUUUGAGUUUGACACCACUGCUAUACACUACCUUUUAAAAGCCCAUCCUAGUGACUGCCCUUGAAAUGCCCGUUUUAAAAUUAAAUUGUAGUAUAUUGUAUAAAAGGAAAAAACCAUUAUACCUUACUUAGAAAAAAAUGUAAAUAGAAAAUGAAAUAAAAUAAACAGUUUGAUUAAAUUCUUGCUUAGAUACCAGAAGUGUAGAUUACUCUUUUAAAUGGUAAUACACUAAAUGUAUUUUGUACAGCAUCUGGUUUAAAAGGUGCCUUAUUAAGUUUACCAUGAAUUGCUUUGUUCUGUACACAGAUUAUGUCCAAUGUAUCAUUUUUAAGUAAAUAACCUUAUUUUAGUA